AUGGCGUACGCAAUCAUGGGAAACAUGCCGGAGAGCAGGAUGCUUACCUACAAGGUCAUGAAAGAUGUCAAAGCGGUCUAUUUCGAUGGCGCAAGCGCGAAUUUAAUGGGGGAUGGGACGUGGAGUCAGAUGGUGUUUUUGAAGAACGGAACUGAUAGUAGGGAACCGGGUUGGGACCGGCCGCCUCCAGGAGAUAGACCGCCAGGAAAGAAACCUCCAGGAGGAGGACAUGGUGGGAAGGAUGGUGAAGGUCCGCCGCGAAGACCACCGGGGGGUCGUCCGGGAGGCCAUCCGCCAGAUGGCUGGAAUCCGCUUGCGAACGAAUAUUUCCGUGCCAGGGAGCUGUGCAAGUGGUUGGGUAACAGCGGCCUAGGAGGAAAAGGAUGGGGUUACGAGGCCAUUGUAAGGAUGAACGCGGGAUUCGAGCUUAUCUGGUGCGACUUUGAGAGCCCGUCGUUGAAACUGGUAUCGAACCUGGAUGUGUCGGCGCCGUACGUGUCUGAUAGUGUGAUACCUCUUCGGACAGAGGUACAGCAACCGUGGCUCCAGCGGCCUUUGCAGCUCCAUGCUCAAGCUCGAUUAGGAAUCGAAGACGAGGGUCCUCAUGGGCCUGGGAUGAGCGACCCGAGGGAGCCAUUCCGGAAUACGUCGAACUGGUUCUGGUUUUCGGCCGCCGCAAAGAGGUACACAGGCGAUUUACGCAUAAGGCUUGAUCCGGGAGGUGUCUUCUCUUUCUAUGAGCCGGGCUUGCAAAACCAGUCUCGUGUGAGAAUAGCAGAGGACAUAGAGCGCUUUGGUUUGGGCCCCGAUGGAAGGUGGAAGUUAAAGUUGUUCCCAAGCCACCCAUGGCGGGAACAGGAGCUCCUAGGAUUGCAACGACGGCGAAGGCAGCAUCGGCUGACUAGCGUGGACGAGCAGGAUGCGCAAUACAUGCGCGAAGCCGUAGAGCAACGACUACGAAGCAGCCUUGAAGCCACACGAGAUGGCUCAAAGAUCGACUGGUCCUACGUCGCAAAAGAAAUCGUCACACGCCACAGCAACGAGCUCAAAACCCUGCUCAGCUACCUAGCGAAAGACCUCUCAGACACAGACGAAGAGCAAGCCUCGCUCAAGGCCUGGCUAACCAACAUCCGACAACUCACACACUGGUUUCUUCUCCCCUUCUUCGAAUACCCCACUCCUCCCUACGACGAUGACAAACUCGCCGACCUCUUCGGCACACACUCACCCCUCGCACAAACGACCCUCGAGCGUUGUGUCUCCCAAUACGCCCUCGAUGCAGACCCUACAACCGACGAAGACGCCAUCUUCUCCCACGCCAUAACCGAAACCCUCCACGCCCUCUGCAGCACAGUCAUCAAGAUCUCGCUGCACGUCGAAUAUCACUGGUUCAUGUACUUCCAGCCUUCCUCCCCGUCUGACCCGCCCAAGCAACUCUUACCCCACAUCAUCAAGAGCCGAGCGCAACGGUGGAAGCAGGAUCUGCGAGAGCUAAUUGCGUGGCUCGGCUGGGUGGAGCAGGAUGUGGGGUGUGAGGAGAAGUGUGGUGUGGGUGAGUACUGUUAUGUGCCCAUGUGGCCGGUGAAUGGGUGGGAGAGAAGGGAAUAG